GUCUCGUCCUGGUCUCGGGAGCAUCACCCACCUCAGGAGGCAGGAUGAGUGGAGAUGGAGUGAACCCGGCUGCAGUUCCUUUGCCUGUAGAGGAUGUGCAAGGAGAUGGACGCUGGUUGUCACAGCAUACAAGGUUUGUGCAGGAGUGCAAGUAUGGAGAGCCAGAUGUGCUUUUUGUCGGGGAUUCUAUGGUGCAGCUAAUGCAGCAGCAUGAGAUCUGGGGGGAAUUGUUCUCUCCCCUUCAUGCUUUUAACUUCGGCAUUGGCGGGGACACCACCUGUAACUUACUGUGGAGGCUGCAGAACGGGGAGCUGAUAAACAUCCGUCCCAAGGUGGUGGUGGUGUGGGUAGGAACCAACAACCAUGAACACACAGCAGAGCAGGUUGCAGGAGGAAUUCUUGCCAUUGCAGAACUGCUCACAUCCCGCCUCCCCAAGGCCAAGAUCAUUGUAUUGGGUUUGUUGCCUCGAGGGGAACGGCCCAACCCGCUGAGGGAGAAGAAUGCCACCGUCAACGGGCUCCUGCGAUCCUGGCUGCCGCGACUGAGCCAGGCUCAGCUGUUGGACGUGAGCAAGGAGUUCCUCCACUCCGACGGGACCGUGAGCUCCCAGGACAUGUUUGACUACCUCCACCUGACCUCAGGAGGCUACCGCAUGGUGGCCAAGCCCCUCGGCGACCUGCUGCUGCAGUUACUGGAGGAGAUGCCGGAGGAGAGACGGGCGUCGCUGGUUUGAAGGGGGGGGGGAUCCCUGAGGAGAUGCUCACUCUCCAGGGGAACGGGACAACGUUCCCGGAUGUGAGUGGGCCUUAUUGGGGUGUGGGGAGAAUACUCACCAGUGGAGGGUUGGGAGUGGGA